AUGUGGCUUGAUCGGCUUGCAGCGCAGUCGAACCAGUCUCCCUCAUCGUCGCAACCCGGCAGUCGACCUUACUCUCCUCUCCCGCGACGAACUUCCAGCAGCCCCUAUGUAACCUCGCAACGACCUGGCAUCACGCCAAGAGGCUCACAACUUUCCCUCGUGUCCAACGAUUCCUCGAGCUCCUUCCUAGCUUCACGCAGAGCCAAUGGCUCCGGCUUGAAACAGUCCCAGACCACUUACGACGGACCGGAUUCAGUCGAGAUCUUGGGCCAGAUCCUAGAUGGAACACCUCUAGCCGAGAGAACAACAGCCACGAUAACCGAGAAUGACCUAGAACUGGAAUUCCAAUUUGAAGGCCUGAGCUUGCGAGAGCUGGCAAGCUCCGGUGAGAUUGACGAUAAUGACACGGAUAGCUACCGACGGCAAACCGCAGAGGAAUUUGAAGCGAAUAAAUUCCAAUUCGAGGACCUGCACCGAUCAAUUGCAGCCUGUGAUGGGGUUCUAGGCUCUGUGGAGACCAACCUGACAAGUUUCCGUAACGACCUCGCAGCCGUCUCCGCUGAUAUCGAAAGCCUGCAAUCACGUUCAGCGGCGAUGAACGUGAGAUUGGACAAUCGAAAAGCAGUUGAAAAAGCUUUUGGUCCAGUUGUUGAGGAGCUCAGCGUCUCCCCUCAUGUGGUAUCCAAGAUAUCCGAGGGUCAAAUCGACGAGACGUGGGUGAGGAUGCUGGCGGAGGUGGACAAGCGCGCUACAGCAUACAAAAAGUCGAUUUUAAGCCAGGGAGAGAGCAAAGCUUGGGCAGACCUUGGUCCUUUGCUGGAGAAGCUAACAAUGAAGGCCGUCGAGCGGAUACGGGACUUCAUUGUCGCCCAGAUCAAGGCCUUACGAUCUCCUCACAUCAACGCUCAAAUCAUCCAACAGCAGAACUUCUUGAAGUUCAAAGACUUAUACACCUUUCUGCACAAGCAUCAUGCCACGCUUGCGGAAGAGAUUAGCCAGGCUUACAUGAACACCAUGCGAUGGUACUACGCAAAUCAAUUCGCACGAUAUCAAAGGGCCUUGGAAAAGCUCAAACUGCACAUACUCGAUAAAAACGAUGUUCUUGGACACGACGAACCUACUCGGAGAACUACGGUGUUGUCCGCCACAAAACCAGCCGGGCCGCCUCACGAUGCCUUCAACUUGGGACGGCGUAUCGAUCUCCUGAAGUCGGGUAACGCUGCCGCGAUGUCCUCCUACCUGGCCGAGGAAGACCAAACCACACAUUACUUGGAGGUGCCUUUUAGAAAUUUCAACUUGGCACUGAUAGACAAUGCCACCGCAGAGUACACAUUCUUGGCCGCCUUCUUUUCUCCGCCGUUGUCUCUGCAAGCGGUAUCACGACAGUUCAACUACAUCUUCGAACCAACUUUUGCAUUGGGCAAAAACCUGACUAGGACACUCACCGCCGAGUCAUACGACGCGCUAGGAUUACUAUUGAGCAUCCGCAUUAAUCAGCAUCUCGCUUUUGAAUUACAGAGACGCAAGGUGCCGGCCGUUGACGGCUAUAUCAACAUGACGACAAUGCUUCUAUGGCCGAGACUGCAAGUCGUCAUGGAUCACCACUGUGAAUCGUUACGGCAGCUGAUGAACACUCUGCCCACGAAACCCAGGGCAGCGGACCAGAACAAACUAUCCGCGGCGCCGCAUCUUGUCACGCAGAGGUUCGGCCAGAUCUUACAGGGUGUUCUGGCGCUUAGCACAGAGGCAGGAGACGACGAGCCGGUGGUGACCAGCUUACGUCGUCUGCGGUCCGAGGCAGAGGCUUUCCUGACGCGGUAUAGCCAGUCCUUCAGCGAUAAGCGGAAGCGGGAAAGGUUUCUCUAUAACAACUACUCGUUGAUUUCGACCAUUAUCAGCGACGUUGGCGGAAAAUUGGGCACGGAGCAGCAGGAGCAUUUUGAGGGCCUCAAAGCGGCAUUCCAGGAGGGUGCUUGA